AUGCCCUUUUCUGAAGCUCUACAACAGAUUGCAGCCUAUGCUCAGUUCAUGAAGGAGCUACUCACCAAAAAGAAGAAAUACAUUGAAGCAGAAACCAUUGAAGUUCAAGGCAAUUGCAGUGCUAUCAUCGAAAAACUUCUCCCACCGAAGUUUAAAGAUCCUGCUAGUUUUACUAUCCCAUGCACCAUUGGGAAGUUAGCUAUUGGGAAGGCUCUAAUUGAUUUGGGAGCAAGCAUCAAUCUAAUGCCUCUCGCAAUGUUCAAGAAAAUUGGAGAGUUGGAAUUGAAGCCUACUCGUAUGACUCUUCAAUUAGCUGACAGAUCCAUUAAAUACCCUCAUGGAGUGGUGGAAGAUGUGCUAGUCAAGGUUGACAAAUUUCUCUUCCCGAUGGAUUUUGUUACAAUGGAGAUGGAGGAGGAUACGAAAGUUCCUCUCAUUCUUGGGAGACCAUUUAUGAAGACUGCAAGAGUGUUAAUUGAUGUUGAUAAUGGUAAACUCAAGGUGAGAGUGCAGAAUGAAGAAGUGAACUUCAAUGUUUUUGAAGCUAUGUCUGACCCAAAUGAUGAUGAAGCAUGUUUUCAACUUGAUGCUUUGGAUGAAGUAUGCCAUAACAUUGAGAAAGUUGCUUACAUUUCAUCCCCUCUAGAGAAGACCCUUAUUGAUGCUUGUGAGGCUCUCAAUGAAGAGGAAGAAAAACUGAUUGAUGAAUGUCUGACUAACUUGGAUACUUUGAAGGAAAUCCCUCCUCAUGAAGUGAAGAUUGAAGAUUUAAAUGCCAAGGAGAAAGUCAAAGACGACAAACUUGAUUUAAAAAUGUUACCCCCUCAUUUGAAGUAUGUGUUUCUAGAAGAGGGUGGUAGCAAACCAGUUAUCAUCAGCAAUUCUUUAUCUUCCAUAGAAGAAGCAAAAUUGAUUGAAGUUCUCAAAGCUAACAAGGGCGCAUUGGGUGGACAAUAUCUGAUCUCAAAGGGAUAA